AUGUUUAAAGUGCGUAAGUGUUUUGUAAAGCAUUUAUGUAAACGCUUUCAAUAUACCCUGCAUUUAUUUUUUAGGGUUUCCUUCAGCUCUAAAGGAUUCCAGAAUGAAACAUCAGAAGAAGAAACCUUCAGUUCAGAAAUUUUAGAUGAAGAAUUUUCAGUAUUUCACCAGACACCGACACCAGAUACCAGACACCAGAUAGCAGACACCAGAUACCAGUACCAGACACCAGAUACCAGAUACCAGACAUCAGAUACCAGAUACCAGAUACCAGACACAGAUACCAGAUACCAGAUACCAGACCAGACACCAGAUACCAGACACCAGAUACCAUACCAGGCACUAGAUACCAGAUACCAGACACCAGAUACCAGACACCAGAUACCAAUACCAGAUAGCAGAUACCAGAAACCAGAUACUAGACACCAGAUACCAGACACAAUACCAGAUACCAGACACCAGAUACCAGAUACCAGACCAGACACCAGAUACCAGAUCGGAUACCAGACAUCAGUACCAGACACCAGACACAGAUACCAGACACCAGACCCAGAUACCAGACAUCAUCCAGACAUCAGAUACCAGACACCAGACACCAGAUACCAGACACCAGAACCAGAUACCAGACACCAGACACCAGAUACCAGAUACCAGACACCAGAUACCAGAUACCAGAUACCAGAUACAGAUACCAGAUACCAGACACCAGACACCAGAUACCAGAUACCAGUACCAGAUACCACACAGAUACCAGAUACCAGAUACCAGAUACCAGACCAGCACCAGAUACCAGAUAAAGAGAUAACAGAUACCAAAUACCAGAUACCAGACACCAGAUACCAGACACCAGAUACCAGACACCAGAUACCAGACACCAGAUACCAGACACCAGAUACCAGACAUCAGAUACCAGACACCAGAUACCAAACAUCAUACCUGAUACCAGAUACCAGAUACCAGAUACGAGAUACCAGAUACCAGAUACCAGACACCAGACACCAGACCAGAUACCAGACACCAGAACCGAUACCAGAUAAAGAGAUAACAGAUACCAAAUACCAGAUACCAGAUACCAGACACCAGAUACCAUACCAGAUACCAGAUACCAGAUACCAGACAUCAGAUACCAGAUACCAGAUAUAUGAUUCCAGAUACCAGAUACCAGACACCAGAUACCAAAUACGAGAUGCCAGAUACCAGAUACCAGACACCAGACACCAGACCAGAUACCAGACACCAGAUACCAGACACCAGAUACCAGAUAGCAGAUACCAGAUGCCAGACACCAUACACCAGACACCGGAUACCAGAUACCAGAUCCACACCAGAUACCAGAUACCAGAUGCCAGACACCAGAUACCAUAUACCAGAUACCAGAUACCACACCAGAUACCAGAUACCAGACACCAGAUACCAGAUACCAGACCAGAUACCAGACAUCAGCCAAGAUACCAGAUACCAGACACCAGACACACACCAGAUACCAGAUACACCAGAUACAGACACCAGACACCAGAUACCAGAUACCAGAUACCAGACACCAGAUACCAGACACCAGAUACCAGAUACCAGACACCAGAUACCAGACACCAGAUACCAGACACCAGAUACCAGAUACCAGACCAGAUACCAGAUACCAGAUACCAGACACCAGACCCACAAUCAGAUACCAGAUACCAGACCAGAUACUAG